UUCUACCCCCGCAUCACUUCCUGGUUUUCUCGACACUGUUUACAUCAGGUGGGAUUCUGCUUUCAGAUAAAGGCAGAGGGCGCGUGCGUUUCUCUGUUUUGUAACCUGCCUCGUGCCAGUAAUCUGGAUUGUUCUGUUUCAACACACGCACGCGGAGGGUUAUUAAAAUCAUGUCUCCGGCCGCUGCCUUCCACGCGCAGCUCGCCUCCAUCAUGGAGGUGCUGGCCAACACGGCGGUGGCGGAGAUCUGCGAGCUCGUGGACAGCGGCUACUCGGUGCUGCAGCUGGAGAUCUCGCGGAGCCGCAAAGAGAACGAGGUGCUGCGGAGAAAACUGCGGCUCAUGGAGCUGCGAGCCGCGCGGGCGUCCGCCCUGCGAGCAGCGGCCACCGCAGGCGGCAACGCGCUGCUGCUCGCGAGCAGCCGCGCGCGUGCUCAGCUGCCUGCUCAUCACCUGGGCAACGGGCCAAGGAGGAGCGGAGCACCUGGAGGUAACCGUUCAGACCGUGAGGCCAGGCGGUCCACAGUGUCCAACCAGGAGACUCUGCAGUGCCGAGACCCCGAUCCGUCCUCAGACUCUGGACAAGAUACCACACAGGGGACGCCUGCUGCAGGUGAGCCGACCAAAGUGACGACUGCAGUGAUCAAAGUGGAGGAUGAUGAUGAGUCCUGGUCCCAAUCUGAGCAGGACAAAGAGUUUUGCCAUGUUGCAGAUGGUCAGACAACAGAGACAGAAGCCCCGCCUCCGCUGACCAAACAGGAAGUAGCAGAUGAAGGUGGAGGUUCGUCUCGGUCAUGGGCGAGCGGUGAAGUCAGCUCCACCUCCAUGUCCAUGCAAAAAACCCUGAACACCAGCCAGAGGUCAGAAACCAGCAGUUAUGAAUGUCUGAUGUACGAGCCACAGCUCCAACAUGGCUCCCUCAGUACCCAGAAUCCUCUGAGUGAGGAUCCCGGCUGCUCCUACGUGUUGAACACCAGCGUGAGUGUUUCAGCUGCGUCUGAUUCAGGCAGCAGCAGCAGCUUCCCUUUCACCAUCACAGAGGUGAGUCUGCCUGCAGCCGAGCACCAGCAGCCUGCAGGUUUCCAGAACAACCAGCAGAGGGCGCCGCUACCCGCAGACGAGCCUCAGCUUCCUGUGAGGAAAGAGAUGACAGAAAGACUCAAUGCGUUCAUCAGAAGGGACAGAUGGAGACCUCAGGAUGGUGUCAGCAGGGCGUCCAGCCAAAGCAGGGAGGACGGCGGGGGGAAGUCAUUUGUCUGUAACUGCUGCGGUAAAACUCUGGCCUGCCUGAAGAACCUCAAGACCCACAUGAGGGUCCACACAGGAGAGAAGCCGUUUGUCUGCGCGCUCUGCGGCAAACGCUUCUCUGACUCCAGCAACUUGAAGCGCCACCAGAGCGUCCACACCGGAGAGAAGCGCUACGGCUGUGUCCACUGUGGGAAACGCUUCGCCCAGUCAGGAUCCCUGAAGGUCCACAUGACCGUCCACACAGACUGCAAACAGUUCAGGUGUUCUUACUGCGGCAAAACUUUCAUCUCUGGCAGCCACUUGCGCCGCCACGUGACCGUGCACGCUGGGGAGAAACGAUUUGCUCCAACGUUUCAGUGACUGAGGGGGAAUUAUGAGGUCAUAUCUCACAGGAGCCUCAUGUGCGGGCAAAGUAACAAACACAUGGAAACACAACACCACGGCCCAGAUGAGAACAGCUGUUCAAGCUGAGCUCCUUCUCUGAAAACUUGACCACACUGUGUUUGUGUCCACACAAAAAGUCGCCUCAUGUUUUGGUCAUUGUGGUGAUUUUAGUUAUCUUUCAGCGUGAGGCCUAAAAAAAGAUGAACACAAAAUUGUAUUAACAACCAUUCGAAGCAGGCAGCUGCCCCGGGGCCACAGGGGGCCCCAAAAGUCACUGCUUGUCAGUUGGUUUUGGUGAUUUGCAAAGUUUUAUGUAAAUGUUCAGAUCACUAAAGUCCGAUAUCAACUAAAGCACUGUAGAGGAAGCCUGUGUCAAAAUCUACUUUUAAGAGACGAUUAAAGCACUACUAAAUGAGGUGGUGUUUAAUCCAAUGACAACAAACGGACACCCUGGUCCAAGUGGUACUCCUGCAGAUGACUAUUGUUUGGGGUCUGAGCAAAAGCUGUGUGCUCUGGACUUAAUGGGAACCUGCGGGUGACAGGGUUCAUUUCCAAUAUAAGGCUGCAACAAAUUAUUAUUUUCAGACUGAUUCUCUGAUCUGUUGGUUAUUUUUUUGACAAAAUAUCCAGAAAGUGAAAAAUGUCCAACACAAGUCAUAAGAGACCAAGGUGAUGUCUUCAGAUCAUUUUGUUUUGUCCAACCCACAGUCUAAAUCAUGAGAUAUUAAAGCUGGAGUACGGGAGUUUUGGCAAUGGGAGUAAUUUCAUACAAACACUGUUAACGUGUGGUUGUGAUGCACGCCUGUAUGUAACCAAACACAUCUUCCUGCCCAAGGAGGCCUCUCUUCAGAUCUUUGUCUUUAAUCCUUCCUCUGAACGCCAAGUGUCUUUUAUGCCUCCGCAUCGGCGAUAGCUGUGACUGGAGGCAUUAUGUUUUCACAUUGUAUAUCCAUCUGUGUGUCCCAUUGUUGGGAACGCAUUAACUCAGAAAUGCCUUAAGGCAGGUGCGUUGUUUUGUUACCUAUCUAAGGUAACUGUAGCUUUUGGCCAGGAGCAGAUAUCAUCAGAUGGUACACAAAUGUCACUGUGUGUUUUGGCCCUCAACCACAACACACUCUAGUUGGAGGGCCGACAGUGUUUGGCCAAAUCACUGCCUAUCUGCUCCUAGCCUCCAGCGUUCUUCCUCUCUUACUCCAAAUCCAGCAGGAGGCUCAUUCAGCCUCCUCCCCCAUCUUGCGAGCAGCUUGUUUUUAUGCUCCUUUCAUAAAGGCCCAAAGCUGAUAAUAAUCACCAUGCUGACCUGGCUGGGAAACCUCUGCAUCCGAUCUCCACCGGGAAGAGCCACGCCUGCCAACCUUUGUCCUUACAAUCCUGGACUAAGGACUGGUACUUCAAGGCCUUCCUCUGGUGGGCCACUUCGCAGCCUUCCUCCCAUGGCACUGUUAGCUCGACCAGAAUGAUCUUCUGGUCUUUGUUUGACCACAGCUCAAAGUCUGGCCGGAGGGUUGUGUGCACCACCUCCGGGAACUGCAGCCUUCUUCCCACGUCAACCGCCAUCUCCCAGGAACUGGCGGCUUGCAACAGAUUGGAUUUUGCUCUCUUGGUUGAGAAGAGCUUCUUCAAAUUUGGCACAAACAUCCACUUGGACUCAAAGAUGUACUCAUUUGGUGGGUGAAGGUCAAAUGUCACUGUAACCUUGCGUCCCUCUCAUUCUUGUGAGUGCAAUUUCUCAAGAAAGCCUUGAGGGUUUUUUCUCAAAUUAGGCACAAACGUCCACUUGGACUCAGGGAUAUUAAUUAGAAUUAAGUGGUCAGAGGUCAAGGUCACGUUGACCUUGUGUUUGUCUUAAUUUUGUGAACACGAUAUCUCAAGAACACCUGGAGGGAAUUUCCAUAUUUGGCACAAAUGUCCACUUGGACUCAAAGCGUGUGUGAAGCAUCCACGUUUAAGAAUACGUAGCUUCUUUGCUGCAACAUCCAUGUUUGAAGUACUGUCAACUGUCAUGGCUACACGAGUCUGGACAGACAUGGAUGUAAACUGCAGCUUCACAGGUUUGCGGAUGCAAAUCACAUGUGGUAAUUCUUGAAGCAUCCACUUAAACUUUUCUUGGAUGCUUUUUAGGACUUUCUGCCGUAGCUUCCUUCAUGCUCAUUGCUGCUGCUCCGUUGAGAUGGUCUCUCCCUCCUUCCUGCCCCCUUUAGAUCCAGCUGGUUGACUUCAGGUGUGCCAGUGUGGAAAAGUACCUUAUAACUGGUAGCUGUACUGCGAGUACAGAGAGCCUUCCCUGCAGUGAUGGGCUUCAUCAGCAUUGUGUCAACUCAUUUGGCUCGAAUGUAACGGAUGUUCAUUUCUUUGUAAAAGUCCUGUGCUCCAGCUUUAAAUUUAUUAUGACAAAGAGCAUUAGAAAAUCCUCAAGUAAGAAAGCGGAAGCAGCAAAUAUCUGCCCCUUUUGUUUCCUGAUUUAACAACUUCAUUAUCAAGUUGGUCGCCUCUUAAUUUUUUAAAUUUUUUAAAUUUUAAAUGGAGAAAUUGUUUUAGCUUUAAUACAGUGCACACAAAGUGUUCAUGGGGGUUAAUACUGUCGGGCCACGAUAACAAGUGUUGCCUUUUUCUAAAUCUGUUUUAGGGAAAACAGUGUUUAGCUAUUGUUGAGCGGACAUUUUGGAGGACGUCAUGUGUCGUGUUGUCGAGGAAAUAUCCUGUACAGUGUCCCUCUGUCACCUCCUCUUUGCUCAUGCCAUGUGUAGUCAUGAUUUUAAACCUUUUCUCUGCCACAUUACAUCAUUCUGUACUUGAGUAACCCUUCAAGUUGCCUCAGAAGCUCACUUAUAAAUUGUCAGAUUCAGAUGAAGUGAUUUCAGGUUCCUCUUGUGGUUCUUUUGGACCCGCAGACUUUACUGUUCUGGGAUGAGCCUAUCUCGCCCAACACAAGUUGAUCUUAUUCUACAUUUUAAAGGUUUUCAGAAGGUUUAUGUGCUGAGAAUAUUUACUCACCUCAUUAGGAGUGUUUGCAGGGUUUCAUUUGAACUGCUCAGCUCAGCAGGUGUUUUCACUGAUCAUUUCCUGUCUUCUACAUCAGUGGGUGGAGUCUGUAGAUGUGGUGAAAACCUACAGGCUGCCAGAGAUGCACCGUCAGCAAGCUUCAACACAUCAGUUCACCAGGCAGUGGUUCUAUAGUACCAAACAGUUCAAAAAUUAAAAAGCAGAAGCAGCUGAAAUUCACAAUCUGUUUUUGUCUUCUUUAAGCAUUAUUUUGGAUGAUUCCCGUUUUUGAAGACAGAUCUGCAUGUUUGUCUGAACAGUUAAUUCUGCAACCAGCAGCUGUUUGUCCAGUCGUUUCUCUCCAUCAGUUGUUGAAAUGUUGUGAGGUGAAUUAAGAGGAAGCAGAAUUGUCAUGUUUACAUUUUGUGAUACUGUCAUGGAUGUUUGUUUUUUAUGAUUAUCAUGUCAUUUUGUAAUAAAAGCAGUUUGGUGGGUCUCGGAAAA